UUCCCCUUCUUUAUUCCUUCGUCACUUUUAGGGUUUUCGUUCCAUCCAAACUGUCUGUCGUUUCUCCUCUCUCUCUCUCUCUCUCUGUGAAUUGAACCCUAAAAUUUCACAAACCCAUAUCGCAAUUUCAUCGAUACACCAAACAAUUUAUACAAUUCAUUCCUUCUCUUCCUCUCUCAAUUCCCAGAUUCCUCCAAUUCACAAGUCUUUCACAGCUGAUUCCAACAAUUCCCAACAAAAAAAAAAACAAAAAUUAUUGAUUUUUUAGGGUUUAAUCUGGUGCUUUAUAGAUGCAACGUGGAAUCGGAUCUCGUGGCGCGUGAUCGCCCCGCCCGAUUCGGGGGCGCGGUGAGCGGCGGAGUUUCGGAAACUCUCUCGAGGGGGUUUUCGCUUUUGUAUGGAAACUCGUAGCCGGAAGCGGGCGGAGGCCACCUCAGCUGCCCCUACUACUAACAACUCUUCUUCUUCCACCACCGCCACCGCCACCGCCACCCGCUCUUCAAAACGCGCUCGUCUCUUAACAACACCACCCACACCCGUCGCCGCCACCGUUGCUGCCACGUCAUCGCAAUCUUCGAUCUCAACGCGCUCACGUUCUGCUGCGAAAACUACUACUACUGCUGCUAACAUGGAUUCCGUGACUGAAUCAUCCGGCUCUCGCCGCCGCGGCGGCGGCAGUGGGAACAAUCGAGGAGGCUCUGAGAGGGAUAAUUCGGAUAAAGGCAAAGAGAAAGAGCAUGAAAUUAGGGUUAGGGAUAGGGAGAGGGAGAGGGAAAGCAGGGAGAAUGAAAGGAGCUUAGGGUUGAAUAUGGAUGGUGCCGGCGCCGGCGGCGCCGCCGACGAUGAGGACAACGAUAGCGAAGGCGGUGUUGGGAUUCUGCACCAGAAUUUGACAUCGGCGAGCAGUGCUUUACAGGGUUUGUUGAGGAAGCUCGGUGCUGGGCUCGAUGAUCUUCUGCCAUCGUCGGCGAUGGGGUCUGGGUCCGGGUCGCACCAGAGCGGGCGGUUGAAGAAGAUUCUGUCGGGUUUGAGAGCUGAUGGAGAAGAAGGGAGGCAGGUCGAGGCCUUGACUCAGCUCUGUGACAUGUUGUCGAUUGGGACCGAGGAGUCGUUGAGCACUUUCUCGGUUGAUUCCUUCGUGCCCGUGCUCGUCGGGUUGCUGAAUCACGAGAGCAAUCCUGAUAUCAUGCUCCUUGCUGCCAGGGCUCUCACUCAUCUGUGUGAUGUGUUGCCUUCGUCUUGCGCGGCUGUCGUGCAUUAUGGUGCGGUUUCAUGCUUUUGCGCGAGGCUUCUCACGAUAGAGUAUAUGGACUUGGCUGAACAGUCCCUGCAAGCUCUGAAGAAGAUAUCUCAGGAACACCCAACUGCGUGUUUGCGAGCUGGUGCACUUAUGGCAGUGCUUUCGUAUCUCGAUUUCUUCUCCACAGGAGUGCAGCGAGUGGCAUUAUCUACUGCUGCAAAUAUGUGCAAGAAGCUCCCUUCAGACGCAGCUGACUUUGUGAUGGAAGCUGUCCCCUUGUUGACUAACCUUCUUCAGUAUCAUGAUUCGAAGGUGUUGGAGCAUGCUUCUGUUUGUUUGACUCGAAUUGCUGAAGCAUUUGCAUCGUCCCCGGAUAAAUUAGACGAACUCUGCAAUCAUGGUUUGGUUACACAAGCUGCCUCACUUAUUUCCACCAGCAAUGCUGGAGGUGGACAGGCCUCUCUAAGUGCUCCUACAUACACAGGUUUAAUUCGGCUUCUUUCCACUUGUGCUAGUGGCUCUCCUUUAGGAGCCAAAACUUUGCUUCUCCUGGGGAUCAGUGGCAUCCUUAAAGAUAUUCUAGCUGGUGCAGGCAUAUCAACUAAUGCAUCGGUUUCACCUGCUUUAAGUAGACCAGCAGAACAGAUUUUUGAGAUUGUCAACCUGGCAAAUGAGCUUCUCCCUCCAUUGCCACAAGGAACCAUCUCCCUCCCUGCUAGCUCCAAUUUAUUUAUGAAAGGACCUGUUGUUAAGAAGUCCUCUGUCGGCAGUUCUGGGAAACAGGAAGACACAAAUGGGAAUGCUCCCGAGGUUUCAGCUCGUGAGAAAUUAUUAAAUGAUCAGCCUGAGCUUCUUCAGCAAUUUGGAAUGGAUCUCCUUCCUAUUCUGAUACAAAUAUAUGGUUCAAGUGUGAAUGGCCCUGUACGUCACAAAUGUCUUUCAGUUAUUGGAAAAUUGAUGUACUUCAGUAAUGCAGAGAUGAUUCAGUCUUUAUUAAGUACAACAAACAUAUCGAGUUUCUUAGCUGGUGUUUUAGCAUGGAAAGAUCCGCAUGUCUUGGUUCCUGCUCUCCAAAUUGCUGAAAUUCUUAUGGAAAAGCUUCCUGGGACUUUCUCCAAGAUGUUUGUUAGAGAAGGUGUGGUUCAUGCUGUGGACCAACUUAUUUUAGCUGGUAAUCCAAAUACAGGUCCUGCACAAGCAUCUCCCAUCGAGAAGGAUAAUGAUUCUGCCCCUGGUGCAUCAUCACGCUCUAGGCGUUAUAGGCGACGGAGUGGGAACUCCAACCCAGAUGGAAAUGCUUCAGAGGAAUCCAAGAAUCCUGGUUCAGUAAAUAUUGGAUCUCCCCCAAGCUCGGUGGAAAUUCCUUCUGUCAAUUCUAAUCUUCGUAUGGCAGUGAGUUCAUGUGCUAAAGCCUUUAAAGACAAGUACUUCCCUUCAGAUCCUGGUUCUGCUGAAGUUGGGGUCACAGACGAUCUUUUACAUUUAAAGGAUCUUUGCAUGAAGUUGAAUGCCGGUGUUGAUGACCAAAAGACCAAAGCAAAGGGAAAGUCUAAGGCUUCUGGGUCUCGCCUGGCUGAUAAUUCUGUGAAUAAGGAAGAGUAUCUGUUGGGGGUUAUAUCUGAGAUGCUAGGAGAACUAAGCAAAGGGGAUGGUGUGUCCACUUUUGAGUUUAUUGGCAGUGGUGUUGUUGCUGCUUUGCUGAACUACUUUUCUUGUGGCUACUUUUCCAAGGAGAGAAUUUCAGAAGCUAACCUGCUCAAGCUUCGCCAACAAGCACUUAAAAGAUUCAAGUCCUUUAUUGCUGUUGCACUACCUUCCAGUGUUGAUGAGGUGGGUGCAACUCCUAUGACUGUAUUGGUUCAGAAGCUUCAAAAUGCUUUGUCCUCCUUGGAGCGUUUCCCUGUUGUGUUGAGCCAUUCAUCUAGGUCAUCUGGUGGAAGUGCACGCCUCUCCUCUGGGCUGAGUGCAUUGUCUCAGCCUUUUAAGCUGCGCCUUUGUAGAGCCCAAGGUGAAAAAUCGCUCCGUGACUAUUCAUCUAACGUUGUACUGAUUGACCCAUUAGCAAGUUUAGCAGCUGUUGAGGAAUUUCUUUGGCCCCGAGUCCAGAGAGGUGAUUCUGGUCAGAAAUCCUCAGUCUCUGCUGGGAAUUCUGAGUCUGGAACUACCCCUACAGGAGCUGGUGCUUCUUCCCCAUCUACUUCUACUCCUGCGGCUGCCACUCGUCGUCAUUCUACUAGAUCAAGAUCAUCUGUUAAUAUAGGAGACGCUUCUAAAAAGGAUCCGGCACAAGAGAAAAGCACAAGUUCAUCAAAGGGGAAGGGUAAAGCUGUUUUGAGACCUACUCAAGAGGAAGGUAGAGGACCUCAAACAAGAAAUGCUGCUCGUAGAAGAGCAGCUCUUGAUAAAGAUGCUCAAAUGAAACCUGUAAAUGGGGACUCUACUUCUGAGGAUGAGGAAUUGGAUAUAUCUCCUGUUGAGAUUGACGAUGCUUUGGUGAUUGAAGAUGAUGAUAUCUCAGAUGAUGAGGAUGAUGACCAUGAAGAUGUUCUAAGAGAUGAUUCUCUUCCUGUUUGCAUGCCUGACAAAGUACAUGAUGUAAAAUUGGGUGACUCUGCGGAGGAUAGUGCUGUUGCUCCAGCAGCAAGUGAUAGCCAGACUAAUCCGGUGUCUGGCUCUAGUAGCAGAGCUGCUACAGCUAGGGGAUCUGAUUCUGCUGAUUUUAGGACUGGAAAUUCUUAUGGUUCAAGGGGUGCUAUGUCAUUCGCUGCUGCUGCCAUGGCUGGUCUUGGAUCUGCUAAUGGUAGAGGUCUUAGGGGAGGCAGAGAUAGGCAAGGACGCCCUCUAUAUGGAAGUUCCAAUGAGCCUCCAAAAUUAAUCUUUACUGCUGGUGGGAAGCAGCUUAAUAGGCAUUUGACUAUUUAUCAAGCUGUUCAGCGGCAGCUUGUAUUGGAUGAGGAUGAUGAUGACAGGUAUGCUGGCAGUGAUCUCAUAUCUAGUGAUGGAAGCAGGCUGUGGAGUGACAUUUACACUAUUACCUAUCAGAGGUCAGAAAGCCAAACUGAUAGGGCUUCUGUUGGAGGUUCAAGUUCUCAUACUACAUUAAAAUCUACCAAGCCUGGUUCUACCUCUGGUUCUAACUCUGAUGCCCAAUUGCAUCGAAUGUCACUUCUAGAUAGUAUCUUGCAGGGAGAACUUCCUUGUGAUCUGGAAAAAACUAAUCCCACUUAUAAUAUAAUGGCACUUUUGCGUGUAUUAGAGGGUUUGAACCAGCUUGCACCUCGUUUAAGAGCCCAGAUAGUUUCCGACAGUUUUGCUGAGGGGAAAAUCUUGAGUCUGGAUGAGCUGAGCACAACUGGUGCUAGGGUUCCUUCUGAGGAAUUUGUUAACAGCAAGCUUACUCCCAAAUUAGCUCGACAAAUUCAAGAUGCGCUUGCACUGUGCAGUGGUAGUCUUCCUUCAUGGUGCUACCAGUUGACAAAAGCAUGUCCUUUCUUGUUUCCUUUUGAGACCCGGCGACAGUACUUCUAUUCAACUGCUUUUGGGUUAUCUCGUGCUUUGUAUCGUCUCCAGCAGCAGCAAGGUGCUGAUGGUCAUGGAUCAGCAAAUGAAAGAGAGGUGAGGGUUGGGAGAUUGCAGCGCCAGAAGGUCCGUGUCUCGAGAAACCGUAUUUUGGAUUCUGCUGCUAAAGUAAUGGAGAUGUAUUCUAGCCAAAAGGCUGUGCUUGAGGUAGAAUAUUUUGGUGAAGUUGGCACUGGAUUGGGUCCCACCCUUGAAUUCUACACACUUUUAAGUCAUGACCUACAAAAAGCUGGACUGGGAAUGUGGAGAACAAAUUCUUCCUCAGAGAAGCAUUCAAUGGAAAUUGACGGAGAUCAACAUAAAAAUGGAAAAACCAAUAGUGCUGAUGGAGAUCUUGUCAACGCCCCUCUUGGGUUGUUUCCCCGUCCUUGGCCUCCAAAUGCCGAUGCUGCUGAUGGUAGUCAGUUUUCAAAAGCCAUUGAGUAUUUCCGGUUGGUAGGACGUGUGAUGGCCAAAGCUCUUCAAGAUGGACGGCUAUUGGACCUGCCACUAUCAACAGCAUUUUACAAGCUUGUGCUUGGUCAAGAACUUGAUUUGCACGAUAUUCUUACUUAUGAUGCUGAGUUAGGCAAGCAUUUGCAAGAAUUGCAUGUCCUCGUUUGCCGGAAACAAAAUCUAGAAUCGACUAGUGGUGAUAGUAUUGAGGCAGUUACGGAUUUACGUCUUCGUGGGGCUUCAAUUGAAGAUCUCUGCUUGGAUUUUACACUUCCUGGUUAUCCAGACUACAUUUUGAAACCUGGAGAUGAAAAUGUUGAUAUUUAUAACUUGGAGGAGUAUAUAUCAUUGGUAGUUGAUGCGACUGUUAAGACUGGAAUAAUUCGGCAAAUGGAAGCAUUUAGAGCAGGUUUCAAUCAGGUGUUUGACAUCUCGUCUCUACAAAUAUUUACUCCACAUGAAUUGGACUACUUGCUUUGUGGCCGCAGAGAGUUAUGGGAGGCUGAGACACUUGCUGAUCAUAUAAAAUUCGAUCAUGGAUACACUGCCAAGAGCCCAGCAAUAGUUAAUUUACUGGAGAUUAUGGGAGAAUUCACACCAGAGCAGCAGCGGGCCUUCUGCCAGUUUGUCACUGGUGCACCUAGGCUUCCACCUGGUGGUCUGGCUGUACUGAAUCCAAAACUGACGAUUGUGAGAAAGCAUUCUUCGACCGCAGCUAACACAGCAUCUAAUGGUACUGGGCUUUCAGAAUCAGCAGAUGAUGACUUACCAAGUGUCAUGACAUGUGCAAACUACUUGAAGCUUCCUCCAUACUCCACAAAGGAUAUAAUGUACAAGAAAUUAGUUUAUGCAAUCAGUGAAGGGCAGGGAUCUUUCGAUUUGUCAUGAGUUCUUGGGCCUAACCAAUCGACCUAUGUAUAUUGUAUCACAGCAUUGAUUCUCUUCCCUGCGAUAAUUGAUGUUGAAAGACAAAUAAUGGCUUCUUUUUAGGUGCCUUUCUAAACUAGUGCAUGAUCGAGGUCAGUUCCUAUCAACUCAUGGAGGCUGUAUACUCAGAAUUUUGUUUCCAGGGCCUCUUUGGUUAGGUCUUCCAUUUAUGCUCUAUUGCCAUGCACUGCUUACAUUUUUCAUCCCGGAAUCCCCCAAUCUUUCUGCAAACUGCCGCAUCAGUGCAUUCCAUCAUUCUUUUAUCCUUUUUUUACUUCAUCAAUAUUGUUUAUUGGUGGCGUAAACUAUAGCAGAACUGUUUUCAGGUUGGAUCGCCUCAUUUUCAGGAAGCUGUAAAGGAAAUUGGAGAGCACCUUUCAGCUGCUGGGGCUUGUAAAUAAAAAAUAGGAUUUUGUUUUUUUUUUGUCUUUUACUGUUCAACUCAUUGAUCGUAGAAUAUACAUGUAUGGUAUGAAAUGUUGAAAGGGGAAAAUAAAUAAAUAAUUGAAGUAUUUUAUUCCUUUUCAGUUAUUUAAUUUAUUGUUUUGUUGA